CGGGCGGGCGGGACGGAGCGCGCACAAAGUUUCCUGCGGAGCCCGCGGGCGGCGGCAGCGAUGCCCGUGCUGCGCGGAGCGCUGGGGCUGCGCGGGCGCCGCCGGCCUUAGGGGAGCUAGAGCGGCGCGGGGCGCGGCAGCGAGCCCCCGGCCCGUCCUCUCCUCCGGGCGGCCAGGAGGAAGCGCCCCGGGCAGGGACGGGAGAGCGGCACUGCCGGAGCGCGGGGAGGGGGACCGGCACCGCGGGGCCAGCCGCGCCGGCGGAGCCGCGGGGAAAGAUGAGCUUGUUGUCAACCAUCGACACCAGCGCCGCGCCCGUGUACCAGCCCGCCCAGCUCCUCAACUGGGUCUAUCUCUCGCUGCAAGACACGCACCAGGCCAGCGCCUUCGAUGCCUUCAGACCCGAGCCCUCCUCGUCCCAGCACCCCGACCUCGGCUACACCAAGAGCACGCCGGAGCUGGGCUCCUCACUCAGCUCCAGCUAUCUCAACAGCUUCUUCCAGCUCCAGCGGAGCGAGGCUCUGAGCAGCAGUCUCUACAAGAGUGCAUCCCCUUAUGGCUCCCUUAACAACAUUGUGGAUGGGUUAAGCUCCCUCACUGAGCAUUUCUCCGACCUAUCCCUUUCUUCAGAAGCCAGAAAACCCAGCAAGAGGCCACCUCCUAACUACCUGUGCCACCUCUGCUUUAACAAGGGACACUACAUCAAAGACUGCCCCCAGGCUCGUCCAAAAGGAGAAGGCCUGACACCAUACCAGGGCAAGAAACGCUGCUUUGGUGAAUAUAAGUGCCCCAAAUGCAAGAGAAAAUGGAUGAGUGGAAACUCCUGGGCUAACAUGGGACAAGAAUGUAUCAAGUGCCACAUUAAUGUCUAUCCUCACAAACAGAGACCCCUGGAAAAGCCGGAUGGCCUGGAUGUGUCAGACCAGAGCAAAGAACACCCCCAGCACCUGUGUGAGAAGUGCAAAGUCUUGGGCUACUACUGCCGCCGUGUGCAAUAAACCUUCACCGUGGCCUCUUCCCAUCCCCAUCAUCCUGAGAGAUUCUCUGGCAGCAUGCCAUCAACAGCAGCACAACAGAUCAAGAUAAAAGCUAAAAUAAUUGCCAAUAUUGCCUAUCUAAUAAUAUGCCUUACCAUUAAUAGAAUGUAACAUUUCUCCUGUGCAUGUGCAUGCAUGCAAUAGGUAUUUACAGGACUAUGAUUUGUAUACAUAUAUAUGUAAAUGUAUAUAUGUACACACAUAAGGUGUUACUGAUGAUGUUCACAACAGAACUACAGUUACAGGUUCUGCUGAUUGUUUACACAGACCCUAUAUCACAGCCAGGUGAAAUGAAGUACUUUUCAAAAGGCAAGGAAUAAUAUUCACAAGGAAUAUUUGUUACAUGUAUGGCUUUUGCAGAGGUUCAGUAACUGUGGGGCCACUAAUCGUAAGCACUCACCCACAAUAUGAACACUGUUCUUAUUAUAUGACAAGACAAAGGGAGAUGAAACAAGCCACAGCAUAAAAGGGGAAUUACUGCUUUCCCAGUUUUAGAAAGUCUUAAGAGUUUGUGCUGCUGAUUUCUUGGACUUUUUUCUAUUUGUUUCUCUUGGGCAGGGCUUAGGCAAAACAAUUUUUGCAGGACAUGAAAAAAAAAGUGAAUAAUUGUUUGAGGGGUGUGGGUUGGGUAGGAAGGGAAUGCCAUAAGAUUCCAAGAGGUUUUUGUAGGAGACAAAAUUGGCUUGCAAAUGCAACUACCAGAUCCUUCUCUUGUCAUAUAAUCCCACUAACAUGGCCCCUUCUACGUGCAUGACAUGUUCAUUAGGCUACAGGCACACUAAAUUUACUAUGAAUAAGGGGAUAAGAAUACUUCAAACUGACCCCAAUAUCCUUAACUAAAAGAUUAGCCAAACUUACUAUUUAUAGUAUUUUAAAAGCCACUUGCUGGAAAUAUUUUUAUGUCCUGUUUUCUACUAUAGAAAUUUGUAAUUAUAUGAAACAUGUUAGCCAUGGGGGUGUUUUAAGGCAUGGAGAACACUCUAUAUAACCCCCUUUCUUUAUGUCUUCCUGAAGAAGACCUACAUACCUGGGGAGAAAUUUAGGAAUUAUAUUUCAUUGCCCCAUUUCAGGUAGAACUUUGCACAGGGACAGCCUGCUGCAAAGAAUAUCUUGUCAGGGAUUGGCAAACUGAAAGUACCUCGAGACAGUAUCCUGAUUGUACGUCUACGUGAGAGUACAUUGGCAAAAGGACUCAACAAGCAAUUAAUUUGUAGCAUUCAUUAAAAAAUUAGAGGAAUAAUGUUUGAGGUUGGGGGGGAGGGGGGUUUACAUCAGCAAUUUACAUUUUUAUGAAGUUUCCUUUAGGGAGAUUGAUUUGUGUGAAUGAUACUUAGAGAAAAUACUUUAAAUCCUAAAUAACUUGAUGUGAACUAAAUGUGUUCUGAGGACUAGCUCUGUAAUGCAAAGAAAGUGGGGGGUUUAUGCCAAGUGAUAGCAGGAUGUUACCAGUAUGUCAAGACAAGCUCUUAUAAAGAAAGUAGAGAACUUAUCAUGAGUAUUCACCUAGGGAACAUGAAGCUCCUGACAAAUCUGCUGCAGGGUCCAGCUCUUGUCAUUUCCCUGCUUUGCUAUAAGCAGGGCAAAAUUGCAUCUGCUUGUUUGGUGGGAGUGGCAGGUACAUGUCUUGAAAACUCUAUUAUUUAUGGGCAGCCUGAGUGACCCAGCCUGCUGCUCAUAGCAAUGGAUAAGCAUCCUGACUCCUGGCUUCUGACCACAACUCUCCCAUAGCUCCCUGAUUUUGGGCAAGUCACAAGAUCCUUCUGGAUCUCAGUUUCCCCAACUGCAAAAAGGGGGUAAUAAUACUUUAGCAUACCUACCUCACAGGAGAGUUGUGAGGUUUACUUAAUAUCUCUUAAGUGUUUUGGCAUCACUGGAUGAAAAGUGCUGUGUAAUGCUAAAAUAGAAUUAACUAAAUUAAUCACGUGGAAACUACUUUUGCCCAGCUAGCAACUCCAACUAAAAUAGCUGAAAAUAAUAUUAUUGAGAGUAACACUAAUAAACAGUUCAGUUGCCUCAGUGAAGAUAUGCAGUUUUAGCAUUUUCAAAUGCAAACACAUUCUUUUGCAGAGAUUCACAAAUUAACUUAGAGAAAAAUUCUCUCAACAAAGAUACUAAUCUGUCCAUACAAAUAAGAAAAUACACAAGCAAAUCUAGGGGUGGAUUUUCUAAGCUUGACCUCUAGGAUUAAUCUCAAUAGUUUGUUUCAAGCAUGAGUAAUUUUGAAAGAGGAGCAUUUUAGACCAGAUCUAUUUUUUGCUCUUGAGCACUUAAUAGUACAGGAACAAAAAAAAAUCACCUAGAUGGUUCACAUCUAGCUAAACAACAUGUAGAAAAACCCUCUUAGAUGAAGAUAAGAGAAAACCUUAUUUUAUUUUCUCCCUGAAACUAAGAUAUUGCUAUCAAACAUUUUGUUCAGUACUGAAAUUAUCUCCCUGUUAUGAUAACCACUAAAACCAGUAAAAUACCACAACUCUUGAUAUAGCUGUAUCACUAGAUCACACACCAGCAGGUUCUGACAAAAAGCUGACUAAAAGAUGCCAUUAUAAGCAUUGGUAUUUUCAUGACAGUGCCCUAUUAAGAAUUGUUUAUCCAUAUUCAACACUGCAAGGCAAUGCCUUUAGCUUAUGGAUUUUUAGAUUAUACUAAAAAUACACGUUAUCUACUUUAACACAACGUCUAUAAGUGUAGCAUAAUAACUCUUGAGAGCAUACAUAUGAGAGUUCAGUAUUUAUAUUAUGGAUGUGUUCCUAGGCAGGAGACAUAUAAUUUAAGGGAUACUUAGCAUAUCUGUAACAAAGAGGAGAGCAGAUCUCCCCCAGCCCUAGCGCUGGGGGGAAGCAGAUGAAGAACACAAGGUGUGGGGAAGCACGGAGUGACACUGCCGAGGUUUUACUGCCUAAGGCGAGGCACAGAUCCGGCGGUGCCGGGGGCAGCGGGAACGCCGGCACUGCAGCUCGAGGCCCGAGCACUCGCUCCACACUGAGCCUGUGCAGUGGGAGCGGCUGGAAAAACACAUCCACAUAAUUGUGUGUAACAGCUUAUGAUCAUUGGGUUUUAGUUAGUGGCACAGAAGGGACAUGUCUGAAUUUUUACUUCAAAGGAAAGAAAGGAUGAUGGAUUACAAAAUAUAGAUUACUUCUACCCCCUCCCUCCCCACACAAAGGGAAAUCACCUAAUCUAACCAGCUCUUUCCAAAUUAGAAAAAAAAAUUGGUAAAGGUGCAGAUUUUUGAUGGGAAAAAUGAGGAAUUGAUUUAUCUUUUAAAUUUUAGUGACUGCUUUCUGAUGUUCUCUAGCUCUGCACAGAGAGCAUCAUCUAGCAAUUGUUGAAGGCAUUAGUAGACAGUAUUGGCAGGAGUGAAGCAAGCAUCAACAAAAAGAGUUUUAAAUCAGUACAGGUCUCCCUAAACUUUGUAUUCUUUAGGGAUGUACCUGAGAGCAGUUUGGCUCUGUGCAUUUAUUUGCAAACUGGAUUUUCAUCCUCAGAUGCUUGCUGUUGACAGCCCACCAAUAUAUUCUGUCCUAUUCUUUUUUUAAAUUUUCACCUUUUUUUAAAUCUUUUUUUUUAAACUUGCAUUUAUUUCUUUAAAACCAGCAACAAAAGCCAAUCAAACAAAUAAACACCCUGCAAUUUGUUUAAUGAGUUGGUCAUAACAUUUCAUGUCAAAUUUGGCACACCUCUGGAAAAAUGUUUAAGAAAUUUGAAAUGUGUGUCAUAGGUUUUUAGCUGCUUUAACCUAAUGAGGCUACAAAUGAAGGUAUUACAAAUUCUUCAUUUAAAGGCAAUGAAGAAAUAUCCUAGUCGUUUAAAGGAUAGCCCCAUUUUAGCCAGUUCCUACUGCUGCUACAACAGAUGCAAAAUUAUGCCACACAAGCAAUGUUUGAGGCAUUUUUGUCUCAAAGUUGCUAUUUAAUUUCAGAUAAAUACACAAGAGUAUAUAUUCUUUCUGAAAAUAGGUGUAUUUUGAAGUUCCCCAUUAUAUGGGACUUAGUUUUUAAACUAAAAAUGUGAAGUUACAUAUGUCUGAGAGAAGCCUUAUACCUAAAAGUGUUAUGUACAUUUUACCUUUUUAUAUAACAAGAAAUUUAGAUUAUACAUGGAUUGCAUACCUGUGACACUCUAGCGUUUUUUAAAAAAACCCAAAACCUACUUAAAACAUUAAAAGUUUAGAGCUUUUGGAAAUGUCAGACUCCAUAGACUGGUGGUCUUUGUCCUGCAGUCACACAGAAGAUUUUUUUUUUGUCCUAUUCUGGAUCCUAAGAGUUGUCUACUGAACAGUAAGCAAUAAAUCACCAACACGUGUUUUUCAAGUUAAGCAGAUAGACAUAUAUUUUCCACUUGCCUUUGCCAACAUAUUUUAAAAUGUGAUUGAACUAUCCCCAUAGAAAAAUCAUUCUUUCAGAUAUCACUCCACUCCCAAGUGGGCUUCCACCCAUAUCUCUUUCUUAUCUGCAAAACCAGUGCUGUCCAUUGAGGUUGCUAUAUCGCUCAAGUGCUCAGAGGGCUGUUUGAGAUCUUAGAUAUAGGGAUGAUGGAUUGUGUUUCUAGGAUGAAUUUCAAAGGGACAAUCGUGUGCAGUUACUAGCUAUAGAUGAUUGAUAUAAAUGUUUACCCCUGUAUGAAGUAUUUUACAGUUUUACUUGCAGAUGUGUAUUUAUCUUGAGUUAUACUUGACAUAGAGUUUCUUUCAAUUUUUUUUUUAAUACUAUGUGUGUAUUUUGGAAACCUUUUUAGAUGUUAAAAUUUUUGAAUGGUUACAAAUAUUUCUUAUAAUACUGAAUUGUUAUCUGGAAACUCUUUGCAGUAACUUUUUGUAUAUAUUUGAGGGCCUUUUUAAAAAAGUAUUGUUUGUUUUUUGGGCAAAGUUUUUACAAUUGGGAAGCUUUCAGAAGGGCCUUCCUCUCAACUAGGAUACUAACGGAGGUAAGAGUUUUCUUAAGUAUUUUGCAGUAUUUUGCAGAACUAAGGAUGUAUCCUCAAGAAAAUAUUUAUGGAAAUAAUUUACGUUUUUUUUUACAAUGCUUUUGUCUGUAUAAAGUAUGCAACAGAACUACAUUAAGAAGGAAAUAUUGUCUACAUAAAAUAUUAUAUGAAAGUUGGUACAUAAUUCUGACAAAAAACCUUGCAAUUCUUUAAGCCAUAUUGUUUUUGUUAUCCUUGGAUGAAAAUAUCAGUAUUAAGUAACCAGUGUAUUAUUCAAGUGCUUAGACUUAUAUGAAAAUGCUUAUACGGUUUAUUUAUGUGUAUUUGGGGAACGAGUGCUAGAAAAGCUAUCACUAGACAUGUAGCAAGUGAGGAGCAAAUAUCAGAAUACUGUCACUUUAUGGCCUUGUGAGGGACACAGCGGUGUUGGAAGCACCGUGGAGACUCCGCUCUCAGGAGCUCCGAAGCACAAGUGGUGGGUUUCAAAUGGUGGCUCUUCCCUUCCCCGUGACUAGAGGGGAAGAAAGUUGGUUGGGACACUGUUUAACUUGACUUUCACAACUCUUUGCAGACUGUGAGCUCAGCUAUGCAGUAUCAUCUAUAGCAAUAAUAUCAAUCAAAGGAUGUAAGAGAAAAGGAUUGAAGUAGAUUAUUGUAGGGGUUUACGUUUAUUUUAAUUAGAACUGAUAGCAAUAUAGAAUAUGCAUGUGCACGUAUUCGAAGCAUUUUACACUUUACAUUUCAUGUAGUUUGAUUAUAUUAUGAAGGAUUGAGUUUUUAGUUUGAUAUUUUACCAUGUUAAAAUGGGAGGUCAGCCCAGCCCUAUACUGGAUUCUUGCUUCCUUUAAAAGGUUAUUUAGUACAGCACUCACUGCAUUGUGUAAUAGUGCUAAAACUAACACUAUUUUAUGAAUUUCUUCAGCUUUAAAAAAAAUUAACCUAAUGAUUAUUACAUUUGUUUAACUGUACCCACUGACCUUGUCAGAUUCAGUUGGCAAAUUGUGUAAUUUCUUUUUCUGUAACUGUUAAUAAACUUGUACAGCUAAAACAAACAAAACCUAUGGACAAAGGCCUCAGAGGUACCAGUUCUGUUUCAGCAAUCAAGAUGACAGCUUGCUCAUCUGGUGACUGUGUUGCUACUGAGACUGUAAAACCUCUGUUGUGGAUUGUCCAUAAAAUGGCAUUCCGACAUGUGCCUUAUUUGCUGGAUAGUAUACAGCUUUCCUCUAGUAUUCUAGCAUUUUAAUGCUGUAUUAAAGUAUUGCAAAAAAACCA